CUCGAAAGAAAAAGGCUUUUCGCCAUUUCACAUCCCUUUUUGCCUAGCGAUACAAAACAUCUUCUCUCUCCAAUCCAAAAAAAAGGUGCAAUUCUUGUGCAUUUUCCUUUGAAAAUAGCAUAGAUGGCAGACGGCGAGGAUAUUCAGCCACUCGUCUGUGACAAUGGAACUGGAAUGGUCAAGGCUGGGUUUGCUGGAGAUGAUGCUCCAAGAGCUGUAUUCCCUAGCAUUGUUGGACGGCCCCGCCAUACUGGUGUGAUGGUGGGCAUGGGUCAAAAAGAUGCCUACGUAGGGGAUGAAGCUCAGUCAAAGCGUGGUAUCUUAACCUUGAAAUACCCAAUUGAGCAUGGUAUUGUUAGCAAUUGGGAUGAUAUGGAGAAGAUAUGGCAUCAUACUUUCUACAACGAGCUCCGUGUUGCCCCUGAGGAGCAUCCGGUCCUCCUAACUGAAGCACCUCUUAACCCCAAGGCUAACCGUGAAAAGAUGACCCAAAUUAUGUUUGAGACUUUCAAUACUCCAGCUAUGUAUGUUGCUAUCCAAGCCGUCCUCUCACUGUAUGCCAGUGGUCGUACUACUGGUAUCGUGUUGGACUCUGGGGAUGGUGUUAGCCAUACAGUCCCCAUCUAUGAGGGUUAUGCCCUUCCACAUGCCAUUCUUCGUCUUGACUUGGCAGGUCGUGACCUCACUGAUAAUUUUAUGAAGAUCCUCACUGAGCGUGGUUACUCGUUCACCACCACAGCUGAGCGGGAAAUAGUGAGGGACGUGAAAGAAAAGCUUUCUUACAUCGCUCUUGACUAUGAGCAGGAACUGGAGACUUCAAAAUCUGGCUCUUCUGUCGAGAAGACUUAUGAGCUUCCUGAUGGACAGGUGAUCACCAUUGGUGCUGAACGUUUCCGAUGCCCUGAGGUACUUUUCCAACCUUCAAUGAUUGGAAUGGAAGCAGCAGGAAUCCAUGAGACCACAUACAACUCUAUCAUGAAGUGCGACGUGGAUAUUAGAAAGGAUCUUUACGGAAACAUAGUGCUUAGUGGUGGUUCUACUAUGUUCCCUGGUAUUGCUGAUAGAAUGAGCAAAGAGAUAACUGCUUUGGCUCCAAGUAGCAUGAAGAUUAAGGUUGUGGCACCACCAGAGAGGAAAUACAGUGUCUGGAUUGGAGGCUCUAUCUUAGCAUCCCUCAGCACCUUCCAGCAGAUGUGGAUAGCAAAGGCAGAGUAUGAUGAAGCUGGUCCGUCAAUCGUUCACAGAAAGUGCUUCUGAUUUUCCAAGAAUGAUAAUGUUGGUGAAAGCAAAAUACUUUCGAAAUGCAGCAUCUUAUAUUCUAGCUUUAUUUUCUGUAUUUGUUGUUCUCUGUGUUUGAUUGAAAUGAGUUGAUUGUUGGAUGAUCUUAUUCUUUUA